UCCCCUUUCUUCUCCUUCUUCUCACUCUUUCCAGUUUCCACCACACUUCCUCCAUUAAAAACCACUUUCUCUCUCUCUCUCUCACAUAAACACCUAAAAGAGCAAGAGCGAGAAGAAAUCAACAAUGGCCACAUCCAUCUCUACCGCAACCCCUUUGCUUCUCAUCAUCCUUCUCUCGAUCUCAUCCGCCUCCGUUUACGGCGCAUCUCACCACCGCACGGCGGCUCCGGCGCCGGCUGUGGACUGUUCGACCCUCAUACUCAACAUGGCGGAUUGUCUGUCCUUCGUCUCGAGCGGAGGCACGGACGCGAAGCCGACAGGGUCGUGUUGCUCCGGGCUUAAGACGGUGCUUAAGACAGACGCAGAGUGUCUCUGUGAGGCGUUUAAAAGCAGCGCUUCUCUCGGCGUUACUUUGAACAUCACUAAGGCUUCUACUCUUCCCGCCGCAUGCAAGCUUCACGCUCCUUCUAUCACUAAUUGUGGAUUGUCUGUUGCUCCUACCAUUGCUCCAGCUCUGGCUCCAGGAGGAGCUGCUGCUGGACCCGGCGCAGCCGGAAGUCUAGCUCCAAGUCCGUCCACAGGGAACGACGGAUCUUCCUUGAUCCCGAUCUCGUUCACAACCGUAUUCAGCGCCAUAUUCUUCAUAUUGUUCUUGUCUCGUGUUUGAAAGCCUCGACCUUUUUCACCAGUUAGAUUUGGCUGUAUGAAAUGGUUUAGGUUUUUUUCAGACUUAGCUUUGUGUGUCUUGGGGUUUUCUGUUUGAGACCAUCCCGGUUUCUUUAUUAGUUUCUCUUUCGAUAUAUGUCACUACUCUGUUCCGCACAUUGGUCCUUUAAUUUAAGGUUAUCUUGGUCCUUUUAUAUAAGGUUAUCUCUGAUUA